AAUUGAGUAGAACUACUGACGAAACCAAAAAAAUUGAACUCAUUCAAGAAAUGAACAAAAUCAGAGAAGCAGUUGAACAACUUAAUCAAUCACGGCUGUCAUUAGAAGAAAUAGUUCAUACAAUUUCUUAUAAUGCAGGUUUUAAUUUAGGAAAGGGACAAUUAGACCGCUUAGCCGACAAAAAAAUAAUCAAUACCAUGCUUUCCCCUAGUGAAAAAAACGAGAUUGAGAACGAUUGA